GCACACACACACACAGCGCACACACACACGCACACACAGCGCACACGCACACGCACAGCCUCUACUCCUCCCCUCCGCACUGUGUGGCUUCCGUGCUGCUGCUGCCCCCACAGCAGCGCCCACCGCAGCCUGCCGGCAACGCGCACGCACGGAUCGUGCACGCAGCACGCAGCAGCAGCAGCAGAGCGUGGCGUACAGCACUUUGCGGGAUUUCCACACGGUCAAUACAACCAACACAGAUCUCGUGAGCCUGCCUGCUCGCGCGUGCGACACGCAGAGCGUUCUAUUUCGUUUCUGGAGCGUCCAGGCGCGCUCGGCUGUCGGGACCGAGUCGUGGUGAUAGCGACCUUGCCCUGCACGCCAGGCGUACGGUGGUGGGUGGGUUGUGUUUGCGAGCGUGGUAUGUUUACUCUCGUACGUGCGGGUAUCUGCUUGAAUAAUUAACGAAUUGAUAGCUCUCGGUCUGCAUUGUGUGCUUGUCGUCAACGGGCGCUCUCUGCUGACAAUUUGAUCUUUACUGCUGCGAUAUCAAAGGGGUGAGUAGCUACACCAUUGAACAUUAUAUUACGUGUGCCGGUGUGUAUAUAUAGAGAGACAGUACUAUAUUUAAAACCGACACCGAUAAAGUAUAAUGGUAUGUCCAGCUUGCAAAUCUAGCGAGGCGGAUUGCAUCUAUGAUGGUGUGGGCUUGCCGAGCCAUUUGAAGGCGUAGUAGGUAGGGGCCCAUCCACACCCCCAGAUUGCACGGUGUGUUAUUAUAUUGGUACAAGUGUCAACCCGUCAAAUUAUCAAACAACAGCGGGUGACGUUCUCGUGCAUUCGUUGCAUUACUGUGCGCAUUGAUAAUUGCAUGUAAACCCGUGUAGCCAAUCGCAUUGCAGUGUUACUAUACGAAUUGUCAAUACAUAAGACGGUCUCAUUUGAAUUUGUUCGAGAAUUUGAGCAGCGAAUAUUGCACGAUUUAGCAUUGUAUUAUGUAUAUAUGUAGUCUGCAUAGAGCACGCGAUUAACUUAUAAUAGUUAAUUGUCAUUGGGACCCCACUGCCAUCGCUUGGCUCAGCGUACGUGCAGCAAACGUCGUGAUGAUUGUGCUGAGGUGUAGGCAGUAGGUCGGCUCAGUGGCUCGUUUAGCCAGACGAUAGCUCUCUCACAACCAGACGAUCGCCCUCGUCACAAUGGGUCUGUGCUCUCUCUGCGGCCGCGCCAUCCGCUUUAUCCUCCUGCGCCCCGCAUCUCUGCUCCUCGCCUGCCUCUGCCUGGCCUUCUGGUCCUACCUCGGAUCUCCGGGGACCCGGGUUCGAACCCUGGUCUCUGCUGGGAGCGGCACGGCUGGGCGUGGCGCUGCUCGAUUCCUGGGUGGGGGAGAACUCCUGCCUGGUGCCAGGGCCGGUGCUGGCGGUGCUGCUGAUGCUGCUGCUGGUGGUGACAUCUCAGAUGCUGCCGAUGACAUGGAAGGGCCGGGAGGCUACAUGGCUCAGGCUGGCCGCCCAGGGAUGAUACCUGGCGGAGGGCCUGAGUUUGUGGAGGUGGCGAAAUGGAACAGCAAAGCGGCCUCCGCAUUUGCUCUAAGGGGACUUGGUCGAAGGGCUGCUGGUGGUGGUGCUGGUGGUGAUCGAGGACCUUCAGACCCUAAAAUGCGCGCGCUUGAAGAUUGGGACAACCGCACUCACCCUGGAAUAUUUGGCAUCUUUGACAGCCACGGAGGAGAGUUCGCCGCAGACUUCUCUCUCAAGCGGCUGACCCAAGGCCUCCGCCGACGGCUGCUGGAGGAGAGGGUCGGCACCGCGCCGCCGGCCGCUCCCCGGGCUCCUCCGGGGGCCCCGCCUCCCCCUCCGUCUUCAACGUCGUCGUCGUCGCUCUCGUCGGCCCCAGCCCGCGACGUCGCGGGCGCGGUGGCGGCGCCGUCCAAGGGAGGAGGGACCUCGCCCGCGGCGGCCGUCGCGGCCGGCGGGACGUCCGCGGCCCUGGGCGGCGACGGCCGGGGCGCGAAGGCCCGGGCGGCGGGGCGCCCCGCGCGGGAGCUCUCCCCGUCGCGCGUCCGCGAGCUGGCGCUGGAGGAGGUCCUCGCCACGGAAACGGAGCUGCUGGCGCACCAGGCGGCGAGCCAGGACGAGUCCGGGACGUCCCUGCUGCUCGCCGUGCUGGGUGAGCGCGGCCUCACCGUGGUGAGCGUGGGCGACUCUCAGGCCGUGCUCUGCGACCGCGCCGGUCCCGCGCGACCCCUGACCCGGCCGCACAAGCCCUACCUGCAGGCCGAGCGCAGGCGCAUCAAGCGCGCCGGCGGGUACAUCAGCUUCAGCGAGCGAGCGUGGCGCGUGCAGGGUGUCCUCACGGCCUCGCGCUCGCUGGGCGACCCGGGCCUCAAGGCCUCGCGGGUCGUCAUCGCCGAGCCCGACGUCGUCACCCGAGAGACGAUCCCCGACCCCGUCGAGUCCGCGACCGGCGUCUCCGCCAGCGCGGACGCCGGAGGAGCUCGCGCCGCCGGAUCCCCGGGCCUCUUCGGGGAACCCGGCGGCGGCUUCCUGCUGCUCGGCUCCAACGAGCUGUGGAGCGGCGUCUCCCCGGACGAGGCCUGCGCCCUCGUGAGCGAGCGGCUGCUCGACCCGGGCAUGGGGGCGCGGGAGCUGGCCCUGCGAGCGUUCCACCGCAGGGGCGGCCCCGACGCGCCCAUCGCCGUCAUGGUCGUCAAACCGCCCCUCGGGGCCCACUGAUGACCCCCCCACCCCCCCCGCUCAAUGCGUGCGUGCGCGUGUGUGCGAAGGCGCUGGAUAACGACGCUUGCCCCGACGGUCUGCUGAGGCUACGACGGCGAUCUUUGUCUUUGUGCGCACGGCGGCGUAGUGUCCAGCACGCUGCGCUACGAACCCGGCGAUCUGUGUUCGAUUUUCUGGCCCACGACCGGUUCUGUGAAAUCAGUGAUAUCCUAGGCGAUCUGCUCUCGGUCGACUCAGCCUAAAAUUAAUUAUUGCUGCAGUCUUUAAAUGUCAGCACUAGGCAGACUAAGGUGGCCGGGCGUGGUGCUACCCCUUCGGGCGCUGUGCCAGCCUUAGCACGUGCUCCCUAACAACAUUUGCCCAACAGCUUGUAAAAGCCUCUGCGGGGGAUCUUUAUCUGUGUGUUUGUUGGCACGGCAGGGAGUGUGGGUAGGCCAUGUGACACUCACUGUGUUGGCUUAACCCAACUACAGUCCCUGUGACCCACCAUGAUAUGCGUUUCCACGUUCACCAGUCUUCUCUCAUCACACAUCUACGAAUAGCCAAUAAUGCUUCAUUACGUCCCACGUGACGUCCAGAGUGCUGAUUUUAGUUACAGCUCGUGUGUGUGUACUGUGUGGGGGAGCGGUGGUGCAGUGGUUAGCGCUACGCUGCGCUACAAAUGCGGCGACCCAAGUUCAAUUCCCGGUCACGGCCAACAACAGUGACGAUUAUUUGAACC